CACAUCCGCAACGACGUGACAACACGACCAACGCGACAUGGAGAGCGAAGGUGUUUAUGUCGAAAAUAAACCGCAAAUACUUGCCAAUGCUCAUUCGGAGUUUGGAAAACGUAAUUUUGAAUUGGCAGAGGAACUUUAUACAAAGUUCAUUUCAUCGUGUUUGCAUAAGAGGGAAUGUGCGGCAGGUGACCUAGCCGCCGCAUACAACAGCCGUGGACAGAUCAGAUACCUGAGGGUGGACUUCACUGAGGCAAUGGAGGACUACACUGAGGCCAUAGGGGUCGACCCUCGUUUCGAAAUACCCUUCUACAACAGAGGACUGAUCCACUAUAGAUUAGGUUUUUUCGAAGAAGCCAAGAGAGACUUUCACCAAGUCCUGAAGAUCAAUCCAGACUUUGAAGAGGCCAAAGUCAGUCUCCUCCAGACGCUUCAGGACCAGCAGCACAGAAUGACCCGGGGAUACUGACCAUGAUGGAUCAGCAGCAUAGAAUGACCCGGGGAUACUGACCAUGAUGGACCAGCGGCACAGAAAGACCCAGUGGCUUGUUUGGCAUUGUGAUUUGCUUUCUCUUUUCGAUGUAUUUUUUGAUUUGUAUUAAAUUAUUGUCAAGUUAAUGAAAAUGUGUUAUUAUUUUAA